AUCAAAUAAUUAUACAAUGAUGAGUGUUUUCUGAAGUCUUGGCAACGGUUGAACGUUUGCAAGGAAACCACCAGUGUUUGGAAACCUUUGGACUCAUAACGAACACUUGAAAUAGUAUUCCACCUCUGACAAGGGGCCAAGCCUGCUGAUCUUUGAUCACGACACGUACAAGCAGGAAGUGAUGGGAGUCGUUUGCGUUUACGCCGUUUGAGGAAGACGCAUUCCCUACUAUGGAAUAAUGCCGCUGGAGCAAAGCUGACAGGUUUGGCAUGAAAGUGCCGUUUAUGAAUUGACUUGGAAAACUACAACCGAGAAGAAGAUAGAAAAUGUUGGGAAACUCUCGUCCGUUUUCCUAUUCCCCGCGGGGUUUCCCACCGGAAGAGCUCCCUCACUCGAGGUGGGCUUUCCAACAAGAUGAUUCCAGGGGAUCCUCACCUCCGAGGUCUCAGAGAAAUGUGUCCAGACUGAGUGCCAAGUCCAUAUACAUGCAAAGAAAGGAGUACUCAGAGGUGCUGAGCAAGCAGCCCAACAACCUUAACGUCAGAGUGGAGCACCUGCUCACAUGCGAGCUGGACGGCCAGCAGCUGACCACUGUGGACGACUGCGUGGCCAAACUCAAGAGGCUGAACGCCAAAGGUCGCCUGUGGCCUCAGGAGAUGAUCUUGGCGGCUCAAGGAGGCUACUUGCUGCUCCUUGACACAGAGAGCCAAGCAGAGCUGGAGGCUGUACCGCUGAUCAGCAUCCAGCAGACCAAAGCUGUGUUGGACAUCUUCCCUUACGACUCCCUGCUGUUGGUCACCACAAGGGAACGCAGCAAGCGCUUCCUCCAGGUCUUCAUUUUCCAGUGUGAGGAGACUGGGGCAGACCUCCUCAAGAUUGACCUAGAUAAACUUGUCCAAAGUGACGGCGGUCCUGUGGAACCACGCAGAGAGCAGCCAGUCAUGAGGAGUAACCUUGAGAACCUCGUCGGCCGUCAAGGUCCUGGAAGCUUCCAGCAAGCUGGACCUCGUGCUGUGCAAGAAAGAAACUCACCACUGCCGCUGGGGCGGCCUUUCCCACAGUGGACUGACAGAGAACCUGGAAGUUCCAUUCAGGCUGCACCUCGUGUUGAACAGAGAGAAAGACCCCUGCCACCUCCAGAGAGGCUCCUACCCCAGUGGGCCCACAGAGAACCUGACAUUCCUCCUCCCCCUCGUUUUUACGCCCCACAAGAGGAAGCCAAGCAGCAUCGUGAUCUCGAUGGACCCCGUGGCCCUCCAGAGGUUGCCGAACUGACAGAUGUUGAGAGGAACACGGAAAUAUUCAACCAUGUUUUGAAUGAUGUGGAGAUCUUCAUGGACAAGGUGCUCACUGCGACGAGUGCGACCUCUCCGCCGGUUGACAAACGCAAAAAGAAAGGCAUGUUUGUCAAAAAGAAGGACCCGAGAAGCCCAGCUGCCCGUCUGCCCCCUGCUCAGGAAUUUGUCUCCUGUCUCCAGAAAAUCAAAUAUGGAUUCAAUCUGUUGAGCCUGCUGGAUGGCUCACUGCUUCACACCAGCGCCUCGGACUACAUCCACUUCUUCUUCAGCAGUUUAGCGACAAUUCUGCCUCACUACCAUGCCCACCUGCCCCCGACCGUGCUUUCCCCCCUGCUGACAGAGGCCUCCCUUCGGUUGGUCAGACAGGUGGUCAGCUCGGAGGAGGACCAGAUCUGGAGGUCUCUGGGAGACAGCUGGAACAUCCCCAGGUCUCGAUGGCCCGAUGACGGCGUCCCGCCUUACAUUCCAGAGUUCUACGACGGCUGGCGGCCGCCUGCCCCCUCGCACAAGCCCGCCCAACUCCCUUAUCAGAACGGCCAAGUGAGCAGGAGCAGCAGCCAGCGCUUUCCGUCGGGACGACCCGACGGCAACACCAAGGAAAGCCGCGACCACAUGCGGGUCGUUUAUGACUUCAUGGCUCGCAAUAACAGGGAGCUCACUGUGAUGAAGGGUGAAGUGGUUGAGGUGGUUCAGAGGUCCAAGCAAUGGUGGCUUGUGCGUAACAAUCGAGCGGUGGAAGGCAACGUUCCUCAGAAUGUUCUGGAGCCUUUGAGGAGUGGCUUGCCUGUCGAGGAAAUGCGCCCACCUCGUGGUCCCCCGACUCUUGACGUGGUCUCCUCACCUGCAGAGGUCAGAGCGUGGCUGCAGUACAAAGGCUUCGCCAAAAUCACCGUGGCCAGCCUCGGGGUGCUGACUGGGAAAAUGCUGCUGCAGAUGGGCAAGGAUGAGAUGAGGACUGUGUGUCCAGAAGAAGGAGCCAAAGUCUUCUUCCAACUUCAGGCUAUUAAAUCAGCUAUUGCACUUGCCAGUGAACCAUCAGAUCCAUAUGAUGCCCGCUACUAGUGACCAACCCCUCCCCCCAUUCUUAAUCUUCAUCUACUGAUCAGGAUGUGAAUUGUGGUGUAAUCCAUUUGUUAUGAAUCAUAUAUCCAGUUUUGUUUUCGGGAUAAAGUGUACACAUUAAGAUCAUUUAUAUGAAGCAAAAAAAAACAUUUUUUUUUAAAUUGAUUAGAAACAUUGUUUUAAAUUAGUCUAUGGAGAAGAAAAAAAUGUUGCAAUAAUUUAUGGAUUCCAAGUCUUUUAUUCCGAGACUGAAGUGAAUAAAGUUGCAAACUGAGAAA